AUGCCUCGGGUCAACAUCACAAGCGACAUUCGCACCAUCUCUAAUCUCUUCACAUUGGCGUUUCGAGAAAGCCCACCAACUGUGUAUGUACUACGAAGUCGCGACUCAACAUGGCCCGUGUCCAGUAUUCCCCUAGAUCUCCUCGGCCCAAGGAUGAUCAAUUGGACGACCUACAAGCAAUCAAGAGGCGGAGAGUUGGUUGAAGCCGAUAAUUUUGCGGCCGCGGCGAUAUGGUUCCCACCUGGUGCUGAAUUACCCGCGAGUUUGAAUGAUGAUGAAAGACUCGUCGCAUACAGAGAAAUGUCGGCUAAGGCCAAGAAGGACUAUCUUAAUGGCCGAAAGUACUGGUAUUUGAACAUGAUUGCAAGGCAUCCGGAAAGAAAGGCUCCAGGUGUCGUACGAGCUAUUUUUGAGCCUUACAUUGCUCGUGCCAGAGAUGAGGGUGUGCCUAUUUGGCUUGAAGCUGUCACUGAGCAUAGCAAGCAGGUUUACGAACAUCUGGGCUUCAAGACUGUCGUAACUCUGCGUAUGGGAGCAGGAAAGGCUUCCCCAGACGGCGAGUUACAGGAAGGUGGAGAGGGAAUUCCAAUCUAUGCCAUGAUCCUGGAGUAA